GAAAAAGUGAAAUAUACAGCCGUUGACAAUAACUGCGCACAGAAAGAAGCAUUAGAAAGGGAGCCAAAUAAACCCAGAUUUUUUGUUCUGGCUUCCCGCUACCAAUUAAAAUUUUCAUCUUUAACAAAUUCAUUUUUUUCUGGGCAUUUUUCACUUUCUAUUGAAUUAUUGAAAUCGAAAAAUGUCAGCAUUAUUUCUGGGCUCAGUUCGUCCAGUACCCUAUAGUUUAACCAAUUUUGCAAAUCAAAGAUUCAAACUUUCUUUCUCAGGAUUCCCAGUUUCAGUCCCCAGAAAUGGGUUAUCUUUCCAUCAUCUCUUUAAACGAAGUUUUCAAGCUUCUAUUCAUUCUGUUCCUUUAGAAUCUACAAGCAACAGUCUUGUAACCCCCCCAGGAGAACAGUCUGAGAUAAUAUUUGUGGGAACAGGAACAAGUGAGGGCAUCCCACGUGUUAGCUGCUUGACUGAUCCUUUCAAAAACUGUCCGGUAUGCAAGAAAGCAGCAGAUCCAAAUAGUAAAAAUAGGAGACUCAAUACAAGCAUCUUGAUCCGUUACAAUGGAGCUUCUGGGAUGCGCAAUAUUCUUAUAGAUGCUGGAAAGUUUUUCUACCAUAGUGCUCUCCGUUGGUUUCCUACCUAUGGGAUAAGAACACUUGAUGCGGUUAUUAUUACUCAUUCUCAUGCUGAUGCUAUUGGAGGUCUUGAUGAUCUUCGCGACUGGACAAAUAAUGUUCAGCCCCACAUUCCAAUAUAUGUCGCAAGGCGUGAUUUUGAGGUGAUGAAAAAAACCCAUUAUUAUCUGGUUGAUACUAGUGUGGUUUUAGAAGGUGCUGCUGUCUCUGAGUUGCAGUUCCAUAUCAUUCAGGAGGAGCCGUUUAUUGUGAAUGAUCUGAAGAUUACUCCGUUGCCUGUGUGGCAUGGUGAAGGCUAUCGUUCUCUUGGUUUUCGUUUUGGCAACAUUUGCUACAUAAGUGACGUCAGUGAUAUUCCAGAUGAAACUUAUCCGCUCUUGGAGGAUUGUGAUCUCCUAAUCAUGGAUGCUUUGAAACCUGAACGAUCUACUCCAACCCAUUUCGGACUGCCAAGGGCGUUGGAUGAAGUUCGAAAAAUCCAACCCAAGAGAACACUUUUCACUGGCAUGAUGCACUUAAUGGAUCACGAAGAAAUUAACGCACAGCUGUCUGGUUUGAAGGAUACAGAAGGACUUGAUGUGCAAUUGAGCUAUGAUGGACUUCGCGUGCCUAUAGAUCUCUAGUCCCCCUUUCCCUGGCAAGUUUCCAUCUCUCCAGAUUAUACUGCUGUGUUCACAAUUAUUUAUCCAGCAAGAUUGAUACCUUCGGUUCAAAUCAAUGCAAAUUGCAUAUGGGCUCCAGGUAAAGUGUGGUUGGUCAAUUCAGCUGCGCAAUGUGGCAUAGGUUGCAAGACUUGCAACAGAUUAUAUUGUACGAUUUGUACCCUGAACCAGAAAUAUAAUAAAAGACUGAGAACAUUGUUCUCAUUGUACUUCCCGGCUGUUUUUUGUUAUAAAUUUCACUGCUGACUGCCCAGUCGUGCACAGGGAAAGGGGGGCUGGAAAGCGGUAUAUGCAGAGUACACUUUGUGCUCUCUUUGGCCAUAUUCAAUAGUUACAUGUUACAUAAGAUGUAUGGAAAGUUCAACUAAGGUACACUACUGAGAUGAUGCGACAAUUAUUUCUGGAUAGAGUACAUCCUGAUAACUCAUGUCAAACAUGAUGGAUCAUAGUAUAAGGAAUGCAAUUAUCAUUCAGAUUA